GUCUCUCUGUUGUAACCUGCUAAAUUUCUCUGCAGUACACUUCUUUGCUUUGUAUCGGAGGAGGAGGAGGGAAACCAUCAAGAGUACUCUAGAACUUGGAGUGUGAGAAUCUCAAAAGAAACUUCGGUAGCCUCUCCAAUGACAAAAAGGUGCUCAAUGAAUUGUAGAGGUUGUGUGGAUGAGUUUGUAAAGUAAAGAAGAGAAAGAUUUGAGAAGUGAGUAAUCGGUUUUACAAAGCAGCAGAAAAAUUGAAAAGUCAGAAGCUUUGUUGAUGUGCCGCACCACCAAGCCCCCCACAUAGUUGCAGAAACAUUUUGCCUCACACAGAGAAUCCAGAAGAAUAAAGCAAAGAAAUGGAUGUUGUUUCAGUUAUAGUAACCAUAGGAGGAUACUUCGUGGACCCAAUCAAAAAACAUUGUGGCUAUCUGUUUCAGUACAAUAGCAACAUCAAGAAUCUUGAAGAUCGAACUGGGAACCUUAAUGCCAAGAUAGAUGGGGUGCAAUUAAAAAUUGACGCAGCAAAAAGGAACGGACAGGUAAUUUUACCUGUGGUUGAGAGGUGGGUAGAAAAGGCACGCAACAUCCUUGAUGAAGAUGCCGAAGCAAAUAAGAAGGGCUUAGAUGGUUGGUGUCCACGUUAUUCCUUGAGUAGGAAAGCUAAGAAGAAGACUCUGGAAAUUGAUGUACUACUAAACGAUGGACAAUUUAGUGAAGUGUCCUCUCCUCCUCCUUCGCUGGGAGUAGGAUCUUCAUCCAUAGAAGGCAUUAUGGAUUUUGAGUCAAGAACAAAAAUGAGGAGAGAAGUUUUAGAAGCACUAAGAGCUGACGAGGUCAAUAUGAUUGCCAUAUGCGGUAUGGGGGGGAUAGGGAAAACAACAAUGGCAAAAGAGGUAGCGAAAAGAGCAAAAGAUGAUAAGUUAUUUGAUGAAGUUGUGAUGGUGGUGGUGUCCCAGAACCAAGACUUGAGAAAGAUUCAAGUUCAAAUUGCGGAAAUGCUAGGUCUGCAACUCGUUGAAGAGAGUGAACUUGUGAGAGCAGAACGAUUAAAUAAGAGACUAUCAAUGGAUAGCAAGCGUGUUCUUGUAAUAUUGGAUGAUGUGUGGGAUGCACUUGAUUUAGUGGAAGUUGGAAUUCCUUAUGGAGGUGAACACAAUAGAUGCAAAAUCUUGUUGACAUCACGAAGUGAAGAAGCCUGCACUCAGAUGAAAACUCAGAAGAUUUUUCCAAUCAAAGUUUUAUUUGAAGAAGAAGCAUGGAAUCUUUUCAGGAGGAUGGCAGGUAAUUGUAUCGAUACUCCCAAUCUACACCCAAUAGCAAAAGAGGUUGCAGAGGAAUGUGGAGGUCUACCUGUUGCUAUUGUAACUGUUGGAAGAGCUCUAGAAAACAAAAGCGAGUUUGAGUGGAGUGCUGCACUUCAACAGCUUAAAAAUGCUAUCCCAAAAAAUAUUCCCGGUCUUGAUUCAAAGGUGUAUUCCAGCAUAGAGCUUAGUUAUGGUUACUUAAAAAGUGAUGAAGCCAAGUCAUGCUUUUUGUUAUGUUGUUUAUUUCCGGAAGAUUAUGAUAUUCUCAUUGAACUUUUAGUGAGGUAUGGGGUGGGACAAAGGUUGUUUGCAAAGAUUGAUACUGUUGCAGAAGCAAGAAAUAGAGUCCAUGCAAUAGUUAAGAAUCUCAAAAGAUCAUUUCUACUGUUGGAUAGUGAGGUAGGAGAACAAUUUGUGAAAAUGCAUGAUGUUGUACGGGAUGUUGCAAUAUCAAUUGCAGAAAAUCAAGGUUUUCUUGUACGAUGUAAUGAAAAUAUGGAAGAAUGGCCAGAGAAAGAUUCAUGCGAGCGUUCUACUGCAAUUUCACUUGUAACCGUAGAAUUGAAAAGGCAUCCCGAUGGCUUGGAGUGUCCUAAACUUGAGCUUUUGCAGCUAGCAUUUGAGAUUGACACUUUGCAAACGCUCCCACCCAAUCUAUUUAAAGGGAUGAAAGGUUUAAAGGUUUUGUCUCUGUUUGGUAUGUCCUUUCCAUCAUUACCACAAUCAAUCAAUGUCCUUCAAAACCUUCGGACCCUGCAAUUUGGUGCUUGUAAGAUAACAGAUGUGUCAGCAAUUGGAGAACUUAGGAAACUAGAAAUUCUUAGCUUUAUUGAAUCUAAAAUCAAGGAGUUGCCAGGAGAAAUGAGAAAUCUUAGUUGUCUAAAGUUGUUAGAAUUGACAAAUUGCAGUGAUCUUGAGCGAAUUCCACCUGAUCUCCUAUCGAGUUUAUCUCACCUAGAAGAGUUAUACAUGUUUGGAGUAGAUGUGAAGUGGGAACCUAUGGAACAGGAAGAAGGAGCAAACGCAAGCCUUACUGAACUCAUGUCUUUAUCCUAUUUGGUGGCUUUACAAAUUCAAAUACCAAACAUUAAGGUCUUGCCAAAAGACUUGCCCUUCAAAAAUGAAACGAUAAAAUUUCAGAUAUUUGCAAGUGGUAAUGGAGAUGAUGAUUUAAACUAUUUAUUUGAAAAUAGUUUGGGACUUGCAAGCUGUGACCUAAGUGAUAUUGCAGGGAGGCAGAUGCUUCUUCAACUUUUAAAGAGAUCUGAAAUAUUAAGGUUGAAAAAAAUAAAAGAUUUAAAAAACAUUGCGUAUGAGUUAGACAAAGAGGGUUUUCAAUGCUUGAAGGUUCUAGAAGUUGUUGGAAGUGAAGAUGUAGAAUAUGUAAUGGAUGCCACAUCAUAUCUGACUCCACGUGCUGCCUUUCCUAUCCUGGAGUCAUUGGAACUAGAGGGAUUGAUUAAUUUAAAAGAGAUAUAUCAUAGCCAAUUCCCAGAUAGAUCCUCUAGCGGUGCUUGUUUUGGCAGCCUCAAAUCUCUUCGACUAUGGACUCUACCAAGACUUCUUGGCUUUUGUACAGGCGUGGGUCCCGUUGAGCUUGUCCAACCAACCUUGAAUCAAGAGGUUGUAAGGAUCGGCACUGAUGAAGUGACCAAUCUUGAAAAGCACAAGACGACAGACAUUCAACAACAUACUGACCCAUUUCCUGAAUCAACACCCAUUAUCUCUCAUAAACUCUUCUCAUCCAACACCAUCUUGUGGGCACCGAAUUUAGAAAAUCUUGAAUUGGAGGAAGCUGAUUCACUAGAAGUGGUAUUUGAUCUUGAAGGACUGAAGGCCAACAAAGAUCACGAGAGAAUUGCAAUACUUGCUCAGUUGAAAACUUUAAAGGUAAAAAAUUUAUCUGAGUUGAGAUACGUGUGGAAGAAUGUUCCACAAGGAAUUCAAGGCUUUCAAAAACUAACAUCCAUUGAAGUAAGUGAAUGUCAUCGUCUAAGAUAUUUAUUCCCAACUUCUAUUGCAAAACUGCUUGUGGAACUUCCAAGCAUUAAGAUAAGAGAUUGUGACGCAAUCGAAAACAUUGUUCAAAGAGAUGGAGAAGAAGAGGCAACGGAUAUCAUCCUGUUCCCUAGAGUUAGUUCCUUGCAAGUACAAAACCUGCCAAAUAUGAUGAGUUUCUGUAUCAAAGCUUAUUCUUUUGAAUGGUCAUCCAUUAAGGAGAUUCAUUUCAGUCAUUGUCCCAAAUUGAAAACAAUUGGUUCAGAAAUUCAGAGCCCAAAAAAGUCGAAGAAAAUCAAUAGGGAAUUGGAUUCAAGACCCAAUGAGCAAGAACUUGGGUCCUCUGGUUUUGUUUGGCGAUGCCUUGAGUGUGUACCACGUCGCAAAAAUUACGGUCUGAUGGCUAUGUCAAACCAAGGCACUACCAACAAAUCGCAAAGAAGCUACUCUGUGAAGGAAGAUUUACGUACAAAUUCUAGAUUUAUGCACUCAUCCUGGUGGACUAUCGUCACCGACUGUCAUAUAGAUAAUCCAAUCAAUCAAUUGUUUUCCAUAACCUUAAAGCAUUCAACACAAUUAGGGUACUUUGAGUAAGUCAAUGGAUCCAAAAGUUAUUGAUAGCGACAACCCCUCAGAGAUAUGGUCUUUUUUUCCAUCUCAUAUAAUUGAGUGCCUAAAGAAUCUAGAAUCGAUUGAAUUGAUUAAUGUUGCUUCAUUGGAAGUUAUAUUUCAACUUGAGGAACUAAAUGUUGAGGAGGAAACUCACAUGGCACCAGUACUAGAUCAGUUAAGGAAAUUGAAUCUAAGUUUUUUACCAAAAUUGAUGCACAUAUGGAAGAAGGGUCCGGAAAGGAUCUUGGGCUUCGGAAACCUGAGAUUGUUAGAACUAUGUAAAUGUGACAGUCUGACAUA